AGCUGUUGUGUGCAAAUGACGGGUAUCAAAAUUUUAUCGUGGUGGGCGGUUCAUGGUAUUAGAUUUCAAGUGAAAAUGUGCUGGGCUAUGUUGUACGAGAUCACAUUGUUGUUUUGAUCAUGUCGUUGUCCGGUGCUCUCCGUGCCCUCUGUGCACUGUUGGUGCUCACUGGAAGCCUCGCAGCAAGUGACUGUCCACCAGAUCGGGAAGAACCUACUCAUAAUGAAGCUAAACUGCAUAAAGAUUUGCUCUGUGCGUAUAAUUAUGAUUUCCGACCAGUUAAAGAUCACAAACAAGCUUUAACCGUGAAAGUACGCUUCGCAAUCAAAUAUUUAAGCUUCGAUUCUUUGGAGGAAACCUUCACACUUCACAGCUGGGUUGCAAUGACCUGGAAGGACGAACUUUUAACAUGGAGACCUGAAGAUUAUGGUGAUAUAAAGGAGACACAAAUGGAAAGCCACGAAAUCUGGACACCAAGGAUGGCACUGUUUAACGCAGACGCUGCCAUGUACCAGUCAGACUCGAUCUACACAACUUGUUCGUUAGCAAGCGACGGCACUGUCACCUGUGUGCCACACGUAGCUCAUUCCGGGAUAUGUCGCACGUCCUUGCGGAGCUGGCCUUAUGAUGUGCAGAACUGCACGUUGUACUUCGGAUCGUGGAUGAACACAGGAGAACAAGUAAACUUUACAUUUUAUCAGAAGCAACCCAUCGUAAAGAAUGAUUUCCAAGAUGGUCCCGGCUGGAAAUUGCUAGACGUAGUAAACGAAAGAUUAUCAGGGAAAUACAGUUGUUGUCCCAACAGCACAUACCCGAUGUUGAAGUAUACGUUUGUACUGAAGAGAUUGGCAGCGGGACCAGCAGCUAUCGUGGUGGUACCAUCCAUCGUCAUAGUAAUACUCACGUUGACAUCUCUUGCAAUGGAUGCCAAGGAUAACACGCGACUAAUGCUGAUCUGUUUUAGUUUGUAUGGACAUUUUAUGUUCCUUACUGAAAUUGGAUACGACAUUCCAAAGCAUAGUGCAGACACCCCGAUCAUAUUGCUUUUCCUUCGCGAUUCUAUGAUAGUGACUUUGGUUGGGAUCAUAGAAACCAUAUUUUUAAUGUAUUUGAGACGACGCAAGAUGCCAGCACCUGGUUUGAUAGUGACAGUGAAUCGACUGGUUACUAGUGGUCCAGGCAAGUAUGUGGUAUUCAACGAGUUCGACGCUAGCGACGCAAUGGAUACUAAAGAGCUGACAGGUCACAGUUCAGAUAUCAAUGGUGACAAACCAAAUGCAACCUUCGACUGGAUUCAAUUUGCCAAUAUUUUAAAUCGACUUAAUUUUAUGAUAGUUGUACUCGUUUACAUCGUGCUGAUUGGCACUUACAUUCCUCAUGAUGAUUAAGUAAGUUAAACUCUGUAGUUUACUUCAUUGUCAAUCUUCUUUUAUAGUAAACUCAAACCUAAUUAAUGAAAUUAUUACAAUAAAAAAAAUAAAAAAUCGCCUGUGUAGUUCAUUAAAAGGCUUCUUUUUUCAAGAGACUUUCAGCAAGGGGUAUUGGGUUGCCCAGCUAACUGGGUUGAUGAGGUCAGAUAGGCAGUUGCUCCUUGU